CGUCCCGCGGUCAGGUGACCCGCUGACCGGGAGACGGCGGCGCUGGACGCCACCGGGGACCUGUUGCUUAAGGACGCUUCCUUGGGGUGACCCCUGAAGUGUCUUUCGCCUUCGCGCCAGGCCUGCCGCCGCCGCCGGCUUACCAUGGCUUCUGGUCACACCGUGUUGAUGCGGUUGGUAGCCUCAGCAUAUUCUAUUGCUCAAAAGGCAGGAACAAUAGUCAGACGUGUUAUCGCUGAAGGAGACCUGGGUAUCGUGGAGAAGACCUCUCCAACCGACCUGCAGACCAAAGCCGACCGGCUGGUACAGAUGAGCAUAUGCUCCUCACUGGCGCGGAAAUUCCCCAAGCUAACGAUUAUAGGGGAAGAGGAUCUGCCUUGCGAAGAAGUGGAUCAAGAGCUGAUCGAAGAUGGUCAGUGGGAGGAAAUACUCAGGAAACCGUGCCCUUCAGAGUACAGCACGAUUAAAGAGGAAGAUCUUGUGGUCUGGGUCGAUCCUCUGGAUGGUACCAAGGAGUACACUGAAGGUCUUCUUGACAAUGUGACAGUUCUUAUUGGAAUUGCCUAUGAAGGGAAAGCCAUAGCAGGAGUUAUUAACCAGCCAUAUUACAACUACCAGGCAGGACCAGAUGCUGUGCUGGGAAGGACAAUCUGGGGAGUUUUAGGCUUAGGCGCUUUUGGCUUUCAGCUGAAAGAAGUGCCGGCUGGGAAACACAUUAUUACCACCACCAGAUCCCACAGCAACAAGCUGGUUACCGACUGCGUCACUGCCAUGAACCCUGAUGACGUGCUCCGAGUGGGUGGAGCAGGUAACAAGAUUAUUCAGCUGAUUGAAGGCAAAGCUUCUGCCUAUGUGUUUGCAAGUCCUGGGUGUAAGAAGUGGGAUACUUGUGCUCCAGAAGUUAUCUUACAUGCUGUGGGAGGCAAGUUAACCGAUGUCCAUGGAAACGGCCUUCAGUAUAACAAGGAGGUGAAGCACAUGAACUCCGCUGGGGUCCUGGCCUCCCUGAGGAAUCAUGACUACUACACAAGUCGAGUUCCCGAAUCUGUUAAAAAUGCACUCGUUCCUUAAAGGAACAUCUCGCUGACUUAGCCAAGAGAAGGACAGCUGCAGGAAGAGGAGAGAGGAGAGGUAACCAUGUUCCCAAGGUCUCAGCCCUGGAUCAGGAGAUCCUUGAAGUUGAUCCUGACACUAAGGAAAUGCCGAAGCUCUUGACUCGGGCAGUCUGUCCAACCUGUAGGUCACUCAGCCUACCAUUGGUAUGAAUUUCAAAACACCCCAUGGAGCCAUUUGAAUCUUUCUGCAGCUCUGCAAUAUUAUCAAUAAACCACAAACAAUCUAAAAAAAAUGCACUGGUUCUUUAAAGGAACAUCUCAUUGACAGCUAGGAGAAGGGCUUGGUUCUCAAAAUAAUACUGUUUAAGAACAAUUGGGUAUAAUUAGAGCUUCUUACUGAUCAGUGAUUUAUUUCUAGGUACUUAGGAGUAGAAAAUAGAUUUUUAAAACCGUGAUUAAUCAACCAGACCAAUGUUGAGAAUUGGAGAAUCUGUAAAGUCUGUCACAUUUCAUUUCCCCCUCUUAUUGGGAGAAAUGAAAGAAAGGUUUAGUCUCAACUGACUGUCUCAGUCAGUUGUUUAAUCAACAUUCCUAUUGUAUAAACCAGACUUCUUUAGGGCACAGAAGCACAAGUUGUUACCUGAAUCUCAUUCUUGUUUUCACAGUAAUUUUUAAAAUUUUCCUGUUAUGAAUACACAGAAAUUAUAUAUGUUAUUAUGUAUGUUGAUGAAACAGAUUUAUGGAAAAAUUGCCUCUUUAUAAUAAAUUAUUUCAUUCUA